AGUUUCAAACCCUCUUCUCCCCACUCGCUUCGGCAGUCCCCCGCUUCCGCCGCCACCGAAGCUAGGGUUUCCGGUCGGACCCGCCGCGAGGAUGCCGGCCAGCGCCGCCGGGUCCGCCGCGGAAGGGGAGGAGAAGGGGGCAGAGGCUGGGGGCAGGGAGUUGCUGUACUGCGGCACGGUGCGCUUCGACAUCAUGGGCCGGCCGUGGAAGGGAGGGCAGGAGGGCAGAGGCAACCUGGUGUCCCCGACGAGGCUGCGCCCUCUGGUGGGCGUGGACAUCCGCUUCGUCGCCUCCGGCUGCGCGGCAUGCCACUGUGUUGCUUUGAGCUCUGACGGCCGUUGCUUCUCAUGGGGUCGAAAUGAGAAUGGGCAGCUGGGGCAUGGGGACACUCUCUUGCGUAACCUGCCAACUGUUGUUUCUGAACUAUCAAAAUAUAACAUUAUUGCAGCAGGUGUUGGAAGAAAACACACAGUGGUCGUAACUGACCAAGGGAAGUCCUUUGCAUUUGGUGACAACAAACAUGGACAACUGGGGACCGGUUCACUGAAGAAGGGAACUGUGGUGUCGCCAGUCCCCUGCCUUGUUACUGAAGCGACUAAUGCUGUUUGUGGUGCUGACUUUACUGUCUGGCUGUCAACAGUCGAGGGCUCUUCAAUACUGACAGCAGGUCUUCCCCAGUAUGGCCAACUUGGUCAUGGAAGCGACAAUGAGUAUAAUGCCAAAGUUUCAUCGGUAAGUCUAGUGUACGAUCCCCAGCCCCACCCCAGGGCAAUAGCUGCAUUAUCUGGGAACACUGUUGUCAAAGUUGCAUGUGGAACAAAUCAUACAGUUGCAGUUGAUUCAAAUGGCUUUGUUUACACCUGGGGUUUUGGUGGAUAUGGAAGGUUGGGCCACAAUCAACAGAAGGAUGAAUGGCAACCACGCCUUGUUGAAAUGUUUCAAAAGAACAAUAUCCUGGGUCCCAAUGAUAUUAUCUCAGCUGGUUCUGCAAGUUCUGCCUGCACUGCUGGUGGUCGCGGGCAGCUGUAUAUGUGGGGAAAGGUGAAGACUAAAGGCGAUGAGUGGAUGUAUCCAAAGCCAGUUAUAGAUUUAAGCGGUUGGAACAUCCGCUGCAUGGCUUCUGGUAACAUGCACCACGCUGUUGGUGCAGAUGAUUCUUGCAUAAGUUGGGGUCAUUCUUUAUAUGGAGAGAAUGGUUAUGGUCCAACACAAAAGUCAUCUGGGAGUCCUAAAAAGGUUGACAUUCUUGAAGGAAUGCAUGUUACAAGUGUUGGUUGUGGAGUUGGGAUGUCUCUGAUUGUUGUUGACAGGGCAAAUGUUGGUGGUAAGCUUGACCAGCUGGAUACUUUUGAUGGUGAUGCUGAUGCUAUCUUUCAAGAGAACGCGAAAGAGCUCUACUUUCCUCCGCGCCGCAAACAUCCCGCAGUCGAUGAAACAGAAGAAGAGACACCGGAGGCGAAACAGGCCACGAAUUCACGGUCCAACAAGCGCAAGAAAGCCUUGGAACGUGCGGAACCAGAAGACGAGGACGAGACCGAAGAAGUGCCCAAGGAGGAGGCAGGCUCUGGCAGCCAUGACCGCGUGCGAUCUAUGAGAAGGGGCAGAGGCAGGGGAGCCAAGAUGGCGGCUCCGGAGUCAAUGCCGUCCGGUAGGGGCAGAGGCCGUCCCAAGAAGGGCAGCCCUGGCGCUGCACCUCCGGAAGCUGGAAGCUCUGGACGAGGUGGAAAGAAGAGUGGGAAGCGAGGGAGGCCUCGCAAGUGAUCGGCCAGAUGAACCUCGGGCUCGCCAACGAAUUUUUGGUCAGACUAGAUGGCAACGAGAGUGGUUGCUGGUCGUUGGUGCUGCCAUGCAAGGUAGUAGUACGACGUGCCGUGGGCCUGGCUAUCCCAACAAUAGUCAUGUAAUGUGGUUUUGAACUACCAACCUGAUGUACUUGUACUAGAUGACAAGGGCCAGGCAUGGACACUGUUGGCAAUGGCACGGGCGAUGAUGCCUUAACGACUGAUGAUGAUCUAUGGAUGAAUGAACUGAAAAAAAGAUAUAUCGAACCACGUAGAUCGGACGGCUGCGAGCGUGUAUAUCGAACGGCCGUCAAGGUGACGGAGGUUUCAUGUGGAUCAACCGAUAAACACAUGGUAGUUCCCAUAUGUUUAAUGUUCAGCCGAUGCGUCCUUUAGAGAAGAUGAUGUACAAUAUAUUUCACAUAUUGUAUGAAAUACCAUAUAUUGAAAGUCAAUGUAGAUUAUUAUUUC